AUGGGCGAUGACUACAAUCAUUUAAUAGAUAUCUAUAGUCUGGCUAUCAUUGGGGCCGAGAUUUUUGGUUUCAAUAAAAAGGACCUAGUUAAUGGAAAACCUAACAAUAUACUUAUCGCACCUACACCUAGGAAUGGUAGAUUUACCCUGAGCACCGAUAUGUACGAUCACAAAAUGCUUACGACAUACGCUAUUAAUAGCAUUGGGAACACGGCUCACAACUUGUUUCGUAGGACUAUCCGACACACAGUUAAAUCUAAAUCAAUAAACUGUGUCGAUGUUAACACAACAUCUGGUUUGGUACGGGGACAAACAAUUAAGCUAUUGGAUAAAAGUAUUGACCAGUUUUUAGGCAUACCAUAUGCCGUCCCCCCUUUAGGAAGCUUGCGGUUUGCAAAACCAGAACCUAUUAAAGAUCCAUUGCCUGACAUAAUAGACGCGACAAAACCUAAACACUCGUGUAUGCAAACAAUAAUUCCGGUUGUACCUGGGUUAAAUGCCAGUGAGGACUGUUUGGUACUAAACAUAUGGUCACCCAGUAGUCCAUCCAAUGAGUCAAAAGCGGUCAUGUUUUGGAUACAUGGAGGGGCUCUCGUGUUGGGCUCUGUAUUUCAAGACUAUUACGACGGAAGUGUUUUGGCCACUCAUGAUGUAGUGAUUGUGUCCACCAAUUAUAGGUUAGGUCUGUUUGGCUUCUUGUAUGGGGACAGGGAGGACGCACCCGGAAAUGUAGGCUUUUAUGACCAGUUAUUGGCUCUCAAAUGGGUAAGAGAUAAUAUCCAUGCAUUUGGUGGGGACAGGGAUCAGAUCACUAUAUUUGGUGAGGAUGCCGGCAGUUGGUCCGUGUCUGCACAUAUACUCUCUCCCCUGUCGAAAGGCUUAUUCAAGAGGGCUAUUAUGCAAAGUGGGGCUCAUAUGUAUAAUAAGGACAGGGAUGUUGUCAGUAAACUCGAAGCCCUAUCCGAUGCCAAGCAAUUAGCAAAACGUCUGAAUUGUAGCGAAACCGAGGAUUGGUUGCAAUGUCUGCGAAAAGUGAAGGCAAACGAGUUGUCAAUGUAUUCAAAGAAUCCUACAUUUCCUGUGUUAGGCAAUCAAUUUCUGCCCAUUUCUGCACAAAAAGCAUUUGCAGACAACAAAUUUAAUUCAGAUAUCGAUCUCAUGGCGGGUGUCACUCGGGACGAGGGCUCAGUUUUUAUUAGCGGAUUUGUGCCAAAUAUAGAUAAUAUGACUCUUCAGGACUUUAUGGCAGGCGUUAAAGCAUUGGAUGUUAUGUAUCACGGAAUAGAAAUCCAGGAAAUAGCCGAAUAUUAUCACCAAAAUAGCUCAUGGUCAUUAUUUUUGAGAUACGCCUUUUCAGGUCUGACGGGUGAUAUUAUAGUGGUCUGUCCCACCUAUACGUUUGCCAAACAGUUUGCAAUUGCUAUAAAAGACUCGCAUAGAGUUUAUUUUUAUCAACUUCGCGAUGCAAGUGAAGCUUUUGCACCAUUUAUGAAAUGUGAUAUUAAUACCAUGGGCAUUUGCCACGGAAUGGACAUACCAUUUGUGUUUGGACUGCCAUUCAUUAGACCUGGUUAUUUACCCAAAGACGUGGAUUUGAGUAAACGUGUGAUGGAUAUGUGGACUAAAUUUGCCAAAACUGGGUAA